UGUCCACAUUGGAGGAAAAAGCAUUUCCAAAAAAAAACUCACCUCACCUUAUUUCCCAUUCCGUGAUUGUAUUUCUAUUUCGUUUAUUUUCCAAUACUUCUAUGGUGGUGUAUGUAUUUGGAAUAUUUAGAUUAGGUAUGACACCAGAGUAGAUGCGUGAAUAGUAAUUCACCAGUUAUACAACGAACGGACCAAAUCUAGCCACAUUUUUCAUUAGCAUCUUAAAUCUGGAUGCAAAGUCAAAAGUCCAGGAACUUGUUUACAAAUGGCUGCCUCAACGAAAAAAGGGAUAGGGAAAUUCAGGCGCAGCUAUGCUGCCCGUUUAAUCGUACUGAAAGAGUUUGAAAGACGAAUCAAUCCUCUACAUCUGCUUAUAUCAACAAAUGACGCCCCUAUGCUAAAGAAGACUAAUGAUGACAACACAUUCGUCUGUGCUAUUCGUGUAAAGCGAGAUGCCCCGUUUUCUUUGAAUUCAAAUGUCAACUCUGUUGUAUCAUCUCCUUCGGGUUCUUCUCCUUCUUCAUCAGCAGACAGCCGGUCGUCCGUGAAACCUGCUGUGUCGGCCAGUAUUGUAUCAUCAGAGGACAUAAUUGUGUGCGUCUCUGCUAAAGAUGUUUCGCCCUUUCAAGAGGAAUCUCCCAAAGAUUCUUGGAAUUCAUCACAUUCUCUCUCUAUUGAUGACGACAGCAGUGAUGAUGACCUCAAUUCUGAUCCUGAACCGUUAAUAAAAUUGUAUUGUACCGAACUAUUCACUUCGCAUUAUGAUGUUAAUGCUUCAAAUGUCCUUUACAUCAGAGGGAUUGAAGUAUUUCCACUGACCAAAGCUGUUUUUUCAGUCUCAGAUGAAGAUGCUUAUGAGUGGGUUCGCCAGGAUAAAUUCAGUGCUGGCUUGUUAAAAGAAAUCUGCAAUCACGACUUGCUAAUUAGACAAAAUGACGCACUUCUUGCACCGUUUCCAGAAUUAUUCUUGGCAGAUGAUAACUUUCAUCCAUCCUGGUUUUUCAGUGUGAAGGCGAUUGCCUGUGCCCCUUUUCAAAUGGGGCUCAUCACAGCUACUACAGAGAUCAUUAUUUAUUUUGAGAAAGCAAUCACUCGCCUGCCCUCAGACCACAGGCAUUUGUCUGGUUCACAUUUGGAUCAGUAUGUGGAUUUGCACAGCAGUAAACUACUCAUGUCAGACUUUUGCCGGUCUAUGUCUGGCGAGUCUUCAGAUGACCAAGGAAUAUUUGGGAAGGAGUCAGAUGUCAGCUUCAACAACUUUUUCCUAAGUAGUGCUCUUGUCAUUCAACAAGGCAUUCACUGGAGCAAAAUUCUGCUUCAGAAUGAAGAUUCUGCUAUUUUGGAUUUGACUUCAGUUCUUGGUAUGCCAAAGAAACUUUUAAGGCAGUAUGGAAUUCUGAAUGGAACCAUCGUGAAAAUUGCUUUGUACCCCCGAGAUCUGCUCGGUGAAAACACAGUUGAAGACGCACAAAAAUUCUUGAAACAAGAAAAGCCCAUUCAGAAAUAUGUGAAAGUGCAGUGUUUAACCAAAAAACUGGAUGAGUCAGACAAUGUUUUUAUAUCUUCAAUCCUCUUGUUCAACUUGCAGAAGGGACCACCAAUUGUAAAAUCACCAUUGCUCAUUAUUGAAAAGCCUUACAACCCAUUGAGUAACAGUGGCUCAAACAUAGAUUUCAAGCAAAAGCUUUCUCGAUCAGUCAGCACUAGUGUACCCUUUGCCACAGAAGUUCACAUCACAAUCAUCAGCUCUCCAAGCUACACACCUAAGGCAAACCAUGUGGAAUCUCUCAACAAGUAUUUCCAGAUUCCAAGACUAUUGAGUAUUGGAGAUGUCUUUGCUGUCAGCAGUGCUGAUGAUCCAGAAUUCUGGCAGGAGUCCAAAGUGGACACAGGAGUAAGGAAGCCAGUCAUUUUCUUCAAAGUGAGCAACAUGGUGCCACGCCAGCCAGAUGUCUUUGCCUACUAUGUGGACGUGAACAAUUCCAUGCUCAAGCAGGUUGGUUCAGAUCACAGUUAUGUCCCCCUGAAUGCCAACAAGUACCUGUCUGCACGUGAUGCGGUGUACGGCCAGAGCAUCGUCUGCCCGGGGCUGGAGAAGUACGUGAUCAUGCUGGAGACACUGGUCCUGCCACAUCUACACAGGAAGUACGAUGGUACUAACCUCAUCGAACUGAGCCCGUCGGUCCUUUUGACCGGUCCCCGCGGCUGUGGGAAGAAAACUGUCAUUAACACAGUGGCUCGAAAACUCUACGCCCAUGUCAUGGAGGUAAAUUGUCAUGACCUCUCUGGUGAUUCUGCUGGUGCGUCGGAGUCUCGCAUCAAAAGUCUUUUCCUGGCAGCAAGCAAGUACUCUCCUUGCAUUGUAUUGAUGCGCAAUAUUGAAGUUGUGGGAAAAGAACGGGAUGGAACAACAGAAGACCCCCGCACCAUCUCAGCCUUUAGCCGUUGUAUCCUGCAGCUGGCUUCUGAGCUGCACACCCACCCUCUGGUGGUGAUCGCAACGUCCAACUCCCAGUCCUCAUUGUCGGAGGACAUGGUCCCGUGCUUUCUUCAUGAAGUCAAUAUUGAGACACCAACAGAGAAAGAGCGAGGAGAGAUAAUCCAGGGGCUUCUAGAGAGCUAUGCUGUCUCUCCUGACCUCUCCAUCAGUCAUCUUGCUCAGAGGACAGCGGGUUUUGUUCUUGGAGAUCUCAUAGCCCUUGUCCUCCAAGCAAAACGGCACAACUAUCAGAGACUUCUUAGUAUUUGCCGUCCCGAUGGCAGCCCGGCCAGCCUCCAGCUAGAGGAGGACAUUGUGACAGCCGGCGUGGUCCUGGAGCAGAAGGAUCUGGAAGCAGCUUUGGACAACCUGCAGAGUGCUCACUCAGACAGUAUUGGUGCUCCUAAGAUUCCCUCUGUAAAGUGGAGUGACAUAGGUGGUCUAGCAGAUGUCAAGUCUGAGAUCUUGGACACAAUACAGCUACCACUGCAGCAUCCAGAACUGUUGGCUGCAGGACUCCGCAGAUCUGGUGUGCUGCUGUACGGUCCACCAGGAACAGGCAAGACCCUGCUUGCCAAGGCUGUAGCUACAGAAUGUUCUCUUAACUUUCUCAGUGUCAAAGGACCAGAGCUCAUCAACAUGUAUGUAGGUCAAAGUGAAGAGAAUGUGCGUGAAGUAUUCAAGCGAGCCAGGAGUGCUUCGCCUUGUGUGAUUUUCUUUGACGAACUCGACUCUCUGGCUCCAAACCGAGGGAGGAGUGGGGAUUCUGGUGGUGUAAUGGACAGAGUGGUGUCCCAACUACUGGCAGAGUUGGACGGCCUACACCAAUCGUAUGAUGUCUUUAUCAUCGGUGCAACCAACAGACCAGACCUUCUGGACCCAGCACUUCUACGGCCGGGACGCUUUGACAAACUGCUCUAUCUCGGAGUCAGUGGGGACAGUAGUGCCCAGCUCAACAUUCUGCAAGCCCUCACACGCAAAUUUGACAUGGCCCCUGACCUUAACUUGAACUCAGUUGCUGAUGAAUGCCCACCCAAUCUGACGGGCGCUGAUCUGUAUGCCUUGUGUGCUGAUGCUUUGCUGAAUGCCAUGAGGACCAAAAUAGAACGGCUUGAAGCAGGUUCUAAAGAAGAUGAGAGCCGUCUAGUGGUGAGCCAGGAGGACUUCCUCGCUGCUCUCAAGACUUUGGUGCCAUCUGUCUCUCUGGAAGAACUGCAGAAGUAUGAGCAGAUUCGCCACUCCUUUCAGCAGUAGACAUUGUGUGACAGUAGCUACGGGCUGAGCCACACAGACACAGACAGGAAGGACUUUGUUGUAAAAUACAUUUUUGACAUUUUGGUGAAGCAGCAUUGUAUUUAUAGAUGUAUAAUGCUUUCAUGCUCAAGUUGUUUUUUUUAAUUUCUUUUCUUCAGAUGGAUUUUGCUGGUCGGUCCUACUCUUUCUUCUUUACUCUCCCCCCUGUAAUUUCUAUCUAUCAGUCAUAUUCUUCUUAGUGCUAAUGAUCCUUGCCAAGUCAGUGUGUUUUUUUUUAUUGGCAAGAAACUCGAGCUCUCUUAUCUACUGAGAUGCACCUUUUUGGAAUGUACGGGAACAUGUAACAUGACAUUUUCUUUGUGAUUUUCCUAGUUUGCCUGUUUGUUUUUUGGUUUUCUUUUCUUUGCUUUCUUGACUGAAAUGUUUAUGACUACUUUCAAUCAUUCCGUGUGCUAGGUUGUGAAUCGGUAUUUCUUUCAUUACUUUUCUUUUGUUCAAUUAGCAAAUGGAAUUUCUGGUGUCUUUUAUUGUGAAAUAAAUGUUUUCUUUCAUGUAAGCGGCAAUCAAAUAUUUGUUCUUCCACAGUUUGACAGUAGAGAGGACUUUCUCUCUGUCAUACAUUGCUUUUUGCUAAUAAUUCUUUCAAGAUGAAGCUUUUGUAUCUUGUUCUUAUGAUUGUUCCAGUUUAAUAACUUUUCAUACUGACAACCAAUUUUUUCUUACUGUGCUUAUGGGUGAAAUUCUGAUACGUUAUUAACAUUAAAGUAGGGCUCAAAUAAUAUAUGUAGCUUCAGCUUUAAUGUUACAUGGACAUACUUCUUAGACAUAAAAUUCUAUAUAAAAGGCUUAGCCCCUGUGAGAAUGUAAGGUAUAUUUGGUACAUUUAGUUUAGUGUACAAAAGAUUUUCUAUAUUUUUUGGUACAAGUUUUUGCGUCUCUUUUGAUAUAAGAUUGAUUAAAAUAUAGGACCUAGAAUUUAUUAAUCCAUCCUUGAAAGUAGGCUUUUGGUCCAAAUGGAUGGAGAGCCUUCAGGACGCUUAAUACACAUUAAGUUUAGUGAGGAAGUGUUCUGGAUUCAGUCCAGGCUCUGUGACACCACGGUGUGGUGUAAAUAUUGUUUGGAAACUUUCUUCCUCAGCUAAUCAUUUUACAUGUUAGACUAGUCAUCUCUUAUGUUUGUGUGAAAGUUUGACAUUCUCCAAGGUAUAUUGAGAAGUUGUCUCAUUUACAGAAUUUUUGUCUGUUUCAGGUUGUCCUUCAUUUUUCAAUGUUUUCUGGCAGCCUUCGAUGUGCAAUAUUGAAAAGUGGCUACGUUUCUCUUCAUUUGAAACUGCUUUCCAAUUUUGUGUUUCACAAACAGAUAUCUUUGUUUGUGGGGGUUUUUUCCUUGUUUGUUUAUGACUAAGGGAAUGAUUAUAAAUAAUUCUUCUUUCAGAUUGAUGAAAAGUAAUUUACUGUAGUUCUUGUUGUUUUGGUUUUUUUCAUUUUAGUUGCUUCCAACACUGAAUCUCUCUUUGUGUAAAUCAAUGUGAGUUAUGGGCUUCAAUCUGUUAUUUUUCAGACUGAGAUGUACCUACAUUCACAACACUAUAUUUAUCAUAUAGGGGGUUGGGGAGAGAUGGGAGGUGUUUUUGCAUCUUUUGAGAAUGUUACUUGAACGUUAUAGUUAGAUUUUCUGUUCUACCCUCUGAUUUAUUCAUGAGUUUAAUUAGUCUUGCAAAACUCCUAUUGUAUAUCUGAUGGUUUUCAGGAUAGAUUUAGGUUUAGGUAUUUUUCAUUCAUGCUGCUAACCAGACAGUAAUAGAGGUUUGUUUUGGGUUUGUUGUUGUUGUUUUUUUUGUAGAUUUUGCAAUAAGGUUAUCUGCCAUUAAUUUUUGUUCUUCUUGUGAGACCGAUGAACUAUUAGUGAGGAUGAGAACUGAAUGCAGUGGUAACUUGAGUAUGAUGUACAUGUUGUGUGUAAUUUGUUGUACUGGCUGGUCUUAGACAGCUGGUAGAAUGUAAUAGACUUAUCAUGAUGAAAUCAAAAUAUCCUUGCCUUAUUGAAUUUCAGUUUCAAUAUAUGUACUUUCCAUAGUUAACAGUGUGACUACGGAAAGGGUUUACCAUGGUUACAUGACUAGCUGAUUAUUGCACAUUACUUAUUUAUGUGUAUCAUAAAUCGCGGAGUUUACUUAUGUUGAAAACAUAUUGUGUUGUUUUUUAACGAGCUUUCAUCUGUAAUGAUUUUGCUAUCUGUUGAAGAUAUUUUUGUUUCAAGUUAUUAAUCUCUUAUUCAGAAGGCCUGAUUAAAAACCAAGCAAAGUUUCAAA